AUGGUACAGAACGCGCUCCUCCCGAAGCCUCUCCCCGCAGACUCCCUUGUCGUUGGCCAACUGGUCACAGAGCCACUACACCCAGAACGCGAAUCAUUCUACCCCGAUAAGGCACAUGCAGAGGUGGACGAUCUGAAUGACUUCCAUAUCCAGCUCCGUUACAAAGACCUCUACUCGGUCGAUGCCGAAGGCCGAUUCACAACCAACUAUGGCGCGAGGUUCGAUCUGGGAAAGAUAUACAGACAGCCUAAUCUGCUUACUGUCAAGGCCGAGCAGAUGAUACAGCGGACCACGCAGUCAUCAUCAAGGGCCUUCCAAGCUGUGUGCAGCGACCCCGAAGCACGCAUCUGGAUGGCCGAGCAGAUCAGGGCGGGCAAGCCCCUCUACAUCGUCCUUGGCCUGACCGAGCUCAAGAACGCAACCUUCAAGCGUGCCAAACUGCGUGACGCAGGUGCCUCGAACCGUAUCAAUGAAACGCCCAUCGAAAGGGACGCCAAAGUUCCUGGGUCCUUACGUGGCAGGUCCGAAGGCAGUUUGGGUGACAUCGGCACCGAGCCAUCUAUAUCAGGCGUGUUUGGCAUGGAUGUGCGACACGUUGCAGCAAGGAUCACAACGCCCGUGGAGCCACACAGGCUGGAAGACAUUGGAUACAGGUGGUACUACUAUGACGUACCGGGCUCUCAGGACAAGGAACAGCUGAUGGUGGGGCUGGGCGAGCAGUUGAAGGCGAACGAACUUCGUUUGAUGCUCGACCUCACAGAGGACGACGUUCAGGGCAAUCUUGACGCCAUCAGCAAGCUCAGUCUCGAUGCGUUGAGCGCUACAGCGAGCCCAAUGCUUAAGCCUAGUACGCCGAUGCUCAGAGGACGCUCGCCUUCUCCUCAUCCUACCAUGCUCCGCUCUUAG